CCCCAAGCCACCCCCGAGGCCUCUCGAAGAGGCACGCGAGGAUUUCCGAGAGCGCCCAAGAGCAGCCGGGAGCGCCGUCCAUAGCCGUUUUGGCUCAAGCCAUUCUUGCCCAGAGGAGGUCUCCAGGUUGGACCCAUGUGCCCUGCCGGCCAGCACCCCACCGGCAUGCUCGGCGCGAUGCUUCCAGAGUUUGCGGCGGCCUUCUCCGAGCACGGGAAGGGAACUGCGGUGCGCCCCGAGCCAGACGGGUUCAGCUCGGCCCCCACCCGAUGUCCGACGCCAGAGCUGCUCGCCUCCGGCGACGGCCACGACGCCAGCGCGCACGCGGAGAGCCCCGGCGCCGCCGCGCUGCCGAGGCACGGGGCCGAGGCGGCGCUCCUCGGAGGCCCGCGCCGCCGGAGGGGGUCUGCGGCGCCAGCGCCCAGGGAGGCUUCCCUCCGGCGCCUCCGGUCCGAGGCGUACUGGGAGCAGAUCGCGACCGCCGCGCGGCCGCCCGCGCGCUCGCCCUGGGACCUGGGCGUGAGGCAGCGCCGCACGGGCCACGACGAAGGGGGUCAUCCUCGGGCGGGCGGCGGUCACGCGGCGCGGGCGGCAGAUGGCGCCGCAGGCGGAGGAGGCCCCGCUGGCAACCCCGGAAGCUGGGCGGGCGCCGUCUCCCGGGAGCUGCGCCGCGCCGCGCGCGGGCCCAGUGCGGUGCCGGCCAUCCCGCCGGCCCCGCCGCCAGCGCCGCCAUCGGCAGCAAGCGGGGCCGCGCUGAGGUCGCGGGGCCGGUCUUACCACCUGGCUGGCAGCCGCUAUCAGCACGAGGGAAACGGAUCCUGGAAGAAAGGCGUAUCGGGACCAGUCCCUAGGACCGGCGCCUCAGCACCUGGCAUCGACAUGUAGACUCAAAGCGUGUGCUAGGGCGAGAUGCGAAUUAUGAGCCGUCGCGCACGCAGUCCGCAGAGGAGCUAGCAAGGAGCACAAUUUGCCCGCAGGGCAGCGACAGACCGGGGAGGCCCAGUUAGGCGGCCGAUGUUGCUACCCCAGGGCUCCCUUCAUCAGCGGAGUUUGCGCCUUAUCAUCUGCGCAGUUUUGCCCUCAUCUGUGACCAUGUACAAUAAAUGGAUGAGCAGAGAACGGCAAAGGCGUAUUGGGACCCUCCACGGGCCCCAAGACCGUCGCCUCAGCACAUGGCAUCGACAUGUAGAAUACAAAUUGUUUGCUAGGAGAGAUGCAAAUGUUGAGCUGUCGCGCACGCGGUCCACAGAGGAGCUAGCAAGGAGCACAAUGACCGCGGGGCAGCGACAGACAGGCGAGGCCCAGUCAGGCGGCCGAUGCUGCCACCCCGGGGCUCUCCUUGCAUCUGCAUCAGCGUAGUUUUGCGCCUCAUCAUGUGCACAGGUUUGCCCUCAGCGGUGACCAUGACCACAGUAUGACCCGAAUCUGUUCGCAAGAGCUUCUUGUGCCAGGUUGAGUUGCAUGAGGCGUCCGCCUGCGGUCGGCUCAGCAGUGUACAUUUAUUUUUACUCGGGCGUUACUCGCUCUCCCUUACAACUCCUCCUUGUUAGAUCAGCGAUAGAUUCGCCACUAUAGCUGAUUUAUUUGGCAGCGCAGAUUCUUCGGCGCGCCACUCAGUAAUUAUGUCAUUCGCGCAUCCACCAGUCAGGUUGCUGGGUCUGUCUUCAGAGGAACUCCGCCUGCGGACAGCUCGGCUUUUCAGGUUGUGGGGCCGAUCGGUCCUUCUCCUGCCUGCACGUCCCGCCGAUCCAUGUCUAGAAAAUUGGCUGGACACACAUUUUCUAUCGCGGCAGUCGCGCCUCUUUCGUGCAUGGGGCCGACCCGCUGCGAGCGACUGGGCUCGAGCCCUAUAGUGCACUUGUUGCUCUCCGACGAAGGCGAGGCUGGGAGGGCGUGUAUAACAUGCCAGGGCCAGCUUGGCCCGGGCUUGGCACGGUGUAUAGAUGCCUUCUGCGUAUGCUCGACCAUCAGGGCCGAAGCACUCGCUACCGAUCGGGGACCAUGCGGCACGACGAUCUCCCCAGAGACCGGAAGCUACAACCAACAACAACAAAGUAGCAGCCAGGAGCGCCGUGGAAGGGGGGGCCGGUCCCUUUCCAGAGCGUGUACGAUGCUCGCACAGAGAAUUGCAAAGGACCCGAGGGCCCUCCACUCGGUGCCUCGCGGCAUGGUGGCGGAUUUGCAGUUCCAUACCCGCACAGACACAC